CGGGAGGAACGAUAAUUCCAACCUAAAAAAAGGAGUGGAAAAAUCAAGUAUCAACUGUACACACACGACACGUCAUUACAAAAUAAGAAAAAGUAGUGUCCUUACCUUAAUUAUUCCGUCCCCGCUAUAAAUUCAUUUGCCGGAAAAAUAAAGAAGAACGCUGGGCAUCGCAUCACUUUGUCGGGAAACUGAUAUAGAAGGGAGCGGGGAAAACUAGUGGAGAUGGGUUGCAGAGGGUGCUUGCAAUGCUUGUUGAAGCUCUUGAACCUUUUGCUUGCUCUUGUGGGUUUGGCCAUGGUUGGUUAUGGGAUAUACUUGUUUGUUGAGUACAAAAGAGCUGCUGAUACAACCUUGUUGUUGUCAUCAGUAGUGCCUGUUGGUCCAUCUUCAAUACAGCUUGGACGGCCCAUGCUCAUGGCCGAGUCUCUGGGGAGCAUUUGGGAUAACCUUCCAAAAGCAUGGUUCAUAUACUUAUUUAUUGGUGUAGGAGUGGUUCUCUUCGUCAUCUCAUGUUUUGGUUGUAUUGGAGUUGUAACACGGAACAGCUGCUGCUUGUGUUGUUAUUCUGUCUUAGUGAUCUUGUUGAUCUUGGUUGAGGUGGGAUGUGCAGCUUUCAUAUUCUUUGACAAAAGCUGGAAGUCUGAACUUCCAACUGACAAGACUGGAGAUUUUGACAUGAUAUAUGAGUUUUUGAAAGAACACUGGCAUAUUGUUAGAUGGGUGGCUCUUGCGGCUGUAGUUCUGGAGGCUUUGAUUUUCUUCUUAGCCAUUGUGGUGAGGGCCGCCAACAGACCUGCCAAUUAUGACAGCGAUGAUGAACUCAUUGCACCACGACAACAAAUCAGGCAGCCCUUGAUUAACAGGCCCCCAGUUCCAGCCCCAGGUGUGCCUGUUGCUGGCAGCCUUGAUCAACGGCCCAGCAGAAAUGAUGCUUGGAGUGCACGCAUGAGGGAAAGGUAUGGGCUGGACACUUCGGAGUUCACAUACAAUCCAUCAGAUCCACAGAGGCAACAGCAAGUGGCCACACAACCAGCAGAAGAGAGGAGCCGCUGCACCAUCCUGUGAGGAAAUUCUGGGUUUAACAUAAAAACUGGUUUGCUUCUGGAGCAAUGGCAUCCCAGCUUUGAUAUUUCUCAGAUGCCGGUCUACUUUUCAUUAAGUUUGUGUACAUUACACCCAUUUUUCAGGAGCUUUACUUGUUCCCCAUCCCCUUUCCUAUGACAUCCUUAGAAAACAAAUGCUUCUGUUAAAUGCAUCACCAUUUUGUGUGUAAAAUUGCAGUGUCACUAGGGUAUCUUGUGAAGUUUGAGCUGAGCCUAACUGCUCAUGUCUUUGAAAUCUCUCACUGAAUUGAGUCUCUCGGCAUGGGACAUAAGUUUUGACAAAACUUGUCUGCUUUCUGCUUGCUUUAUGUUGCAUUAGUCUCGUAAUGGAUUAGAGAAAUUUCACGAGGAAUUUCUACUUCCUCGCAACCUCUAAAGGGGAUUGAACCUUGAGA